AUGAAUAACUCUACAGUGAACUUCACCACACCUGAAACAUCAAACUCCACAUCUCAGUCCACUGGCCUUGUGGACAGUCUGAAACUUUGUGCGUUCAGCAUCAAUCUGUUGUUUGGUCUUCCUGCACACUCCUAUGUUAUAUGGCUUAUCAUUACAGGAACAGGAAGUGGAGUCGCAUCAGAGUUCUUCAACCUCAAUCUUUUUGUUUGUGAGAUUGGUAACUCUUUAAAUAGUAUGUUUUAUAUUGUGUCAAUUUGCUUGCCAAGUAUCACAGUAUUACCACUGUUUUUACUAGGACUAGUCUUCACUGGUCGUCCUCUGUUUCAGAGUCUGAUCUGUGUUGAGCGUUACCUGGCAGUAAUUCAUCCUGUAACCUUUCUGAAGUACAAACCUCUCAGAUAUAGAGUGAUCUGCUGCACUGUGGCCUGGAUAAUUAUUAUUUGGUCCUGUUUAUUUUGCUUAUAUACUAGUCAAACACCAUCAGUCUUCUCAGUGCAGUUCUUACUGUUCCUCUCCAUCCAGUUGUUUUGUCUUGUAAAUGUUCUUAGAGCUCUGAAGCAGUCAGGACCAGGAGAGAGAGGGAGAAAGAGAGGGGAGGAAAACCACAUGAAGAGAAGAGCAUUUCUAAUUAUUCUAAUAAAUACUGUGACCAUGACUAUCAUAUAUGUCCCAUUUUCUAUCGCAGGAUUAGUUACCAUUCUAACAAACCAGUAUAUUUAUGCAAUUUGGAUCACUGGUUUGAUUUGUUAUGUUCUGGCUGGUUUUGUUCAUCCUGUUCUUUAUCUGCAUCGCGCUGGAAAACUACCCUGCCGUUUAGCCUUACACAUGCAGUUGUGA